CACGUGUGUGACAGUGUCCCAUUGUGAGGAGGGACCUUUGCUCUCUGAGGUGAUGUCCCGGGGGCCCUGCCCGUCCCUUUGUCUGGACUUUGCUUAAUAAGUCAGGCUGGAACGUUCUGCUGCCUCUGCGCCGCUGGACUGCUGUGGGGGGCUGGGCAAUCUGGAUUAUUCGCAGGUGAAUCUGUCCAUCAUGGCAGAACUGUUGGAGUACGUGGUGCUGACGGACACCCGUUUUCUCAUUGCUUUACUCUGUAUAGUCUUCAAUCCUUUGUUCUGGAAUUUGGUUGCCAGAUGGGAGUAUCGGACCCACACCAUCACUAGGUUAUUUGGCUCUCCGUACAUUGGGUGCUACAGUCUGGGCGUAGUCAUUAUUUCCUUAGCCGUCCUACGGAGUCACUGUUUUACAGAAGCCAUGAAGACUCAGCCCCACAUAGGGGCGCUGGAGAGCACUGGUGUCUAUUACCUGAGCUGGAUGUUGAUUGGUGCUGGAGGGGUGUUGGUGGUUUCCAGUUUUCUGGCGCUGGGUUUUGUUGGAACCUAUUUGGGAGACUAUUUUGGAAUUUUAAUGGAAAAGAAGGUGACCGGCUUCCCAUUUAACGUCAUGGAGAAUCCGAUGUACUGGGGCAGCACUGCAAACUACCUGGGAUUGGCCCUCUUGAACGCCAGUCCUGCCGGCCUCCUCCUCACAGCCCUGGUGGCUCUGUGUUACAAGGUGGCCAUUUUGUAUGAGGGACCUUUUACCGAGGAAAUCUACCGCAAGAAAGAGACAGCAAAGAAGCGAAAAUGAGAUCCUGCCGUGACCGUCUCGCUACAGGAGUCAAAACGUGGCUUAUGGGCUGUGACCCAAACACCUAUCCUGUACCAGGGUAUAAUUCUGGUUUCCGUUGGUCAAUAACCAGUUAUAGUGAAUCCCUCCUCUGCAGACAAUCAGCCUUAAAUGUGACCGCUAUCAGUGUUAUUACAGGGGUCACAGCGCCCACAAAUUCUUUCCGUUCUCACUAAGUUCUUAUGGUUUUUAUUCUGAUUUUAAGCAACAUUAAUAAUGCAACAAGCCCACGGGAAGAGACUUUCAUCUUCUUCUGUUUUGAUAUAAAUGUAGAUGUAUUCUGCUGCUGAGUUUGUGCAGUUAUCAUUCCGCCAAUCUUAAGAUACAAAACAGUUCAAUAGGAGAGCGUACUCACUGGGGCUCAUUUAUAAACAGUGGGCAAAAUUGCACCUGGGCAGUAACCCAUAGCAACCAAUCACUGAUUUGCUUUUUUUUAACUUACUGGAAGUAGAACAAUCAAAUCAAACAUCUGAUUGGUUGCCAUGGGUAACAGCCAAUGGAGUACAGCUCCCAGCAUUCUUUAACUUAUAACCAGGGGGUGAAAAAAUUCUGGGAGUUGUAGUCCAACAUCUAGGAGUCCAAGGUUAAAAAACGGGGCCUAAAGAGUCAUUGAUGUUGUACACUAGCCCCCAUAUGUAAUAAAAUGCACUACUUUUGCCUAGUAGCAGUAACCCAUAACAACCAAUAAGAUGUUUGCUUUCAAACAGGUGACCAGUAAAUUGUACCUGCUGAUUGGUUGCUAUGGGUUACUGCUCCUGGGCAAAGUUAGUUUAUUUAUUUUUACAUAACCCCAUGUCUCUGUCUCUUUACUUGGUCAUUUCCAACCUAUAAAGAUCAGUUGGAAGUGAGCCCUGAUUGGUUGGAAGAUCUAUACGGUUUGUUGCUCGUCGCUACUGUAUAACAUUUAGAUGACAAUAAAAGGUUUUAUAAUGAUAUAA